AUGACUAAAACACCUAAUCUGAAACAGUCAACGCUUCUUCAACUCUAUGCAAGAGCUGCAGCACCAUGCAGGGAUUACUACGGAUUGACCAUAACGAAUUCAUGCAUUUCUAUUAAUGCUUGGAAAAUUACUCACGGACCCCACGUUAUGCCAAAGCAAAAAAUUUGUUUACUAGAAGAUGUGAUACAGGAUAAAUUUCUCCAAGAAGAAAUAAAAAAUAUAUUCGGCGGUAAUGUGUUUGAUUAUAUCAUGGAUUUAGGAAACAAAAAGAGAAAACUGGAAAAUUUACCUACUGCACUUUUUUUAAACAUAUUGAAAUAUUUGAGAGCAAAUGAUGUGCUGAAAUUGAUGCAAACCAACAAAAUAUUUUUCGAGUUAUGCAAUACGGAAUUGGUUUGGCUGAUGAUGUUCCAGAAGAUAUUAAACAGAUCCCCCUCAAUUGAAGAGAAAAGAAUGGCCCUAGAGUACGGAUGGAGGGAGGUGUUAAAAAAGCGUAUGGCGUAUAUAAGAAAAGUUUUCAAUGAGAACAAACAACAAAAGAAAAAGCAGCUUGCAGAUCCAACUAGGAAUAAAAAAGUGGUCAAGGCCAAGUAAAACAUAAUCUAUUA